CCUCCUCCCUCCGUCCCUCCCUCACGCACGUACACAAGCGACUGUUAACAUCUAUGUGUCUUCUGUAGUGAGUCUCUCUCCUGUAGGCGCUGGUGCCCCACGGGAUCCAAUAAGGAGAAGACUGAGGUGUUCGUGUUCAGGGCACCACCAGUCUGUGUUGUUGGUGACCCGAGACGCACGCCACAUACUUGCCACAGUACAGGAAUGGCUGUUUGGUGAUUUCAUUGUGUUGGUGACAUAUAUAUUCACAGCUACAGGAUUUUGUGUCCAAGAGUAAAGGGAUUUUUUCCAAGUGCGGAUUUCAAGAGAUUUAUUUAUUUUUUUUACAUCACAAAAGGAUUCUCGACAACCAGAAGACCUGUUGUGUGUGAGCCAAGCCAACCCCAUCAAUCAAGACACUGAACGCUUUGAGCAACGACAUAUUGAAGAUUACAUAAGGAGCGUCAGUGGCAGUUGUUGAUGCGCCGGGAGGUCGGACGCGACUACCACAACCUUGGCCUGGCCGGAGCUAAAACACCCCCAUCUGGCGGCCGCAGCGCCAACUAACACUGCCUCCAGUUGGCUCCUCGUUGAAUGCUCGCAUCACCUCCAUACAUCCCUGGAGGACUUUAAACCAAAACAAUACUAUUUAUUCCUUGGUCGAGAAGUUCAUCAUGUUCUACGGUCAAAUCCUGUUAUCAAAUAGGAACGUGUAAGAGGUUUCUUGCAAAUAGAUUUAUCGUUGACAGGCAAUAAUCAUCGGAAAAGAUGUACUAGCGGAUGAGGUUGUAAACGCUCUUGGGAUUCCAUCACAGCCAAUCAGCACACGGCCGUAGGGAUCAUGUCUUCAGUGGUCCCCGAGUUCUUUUUGUGGGAUCAGUCGCUGAAUAGCUCGUGCGGUGGAAGGAUGGAGUGUGAGACGUUGUAUGAGCUGGGUCCCCCGCCCGAUAUGAUAUUGAAUAUACCUCCUCCUCCCAUUCCACCAUUUAUGGAAGAGUUUGUGGCGAGGCUAGCAGCCGAGGGUAUAGAUAUUCGCCCGGAUAAUGGAUUCCCGGAGGAAGAAAAAGCUUGUAAUCUCUGCCAAUGGGCAAAUGGAAACGGCGUUGGAUACGUGGAGUUGGCACAAAAAGGUCCUCUGAUUGACGACACCUGGUUCCUGGUGAUCAUCUCCUCGUGUGUGGCAGCUACCCUCCUCGGUAUCAUCCUCGCCAUCGCCUUCCUCAAGUACAGAGAGGGGAAGCUGAAGCCGCUGAGUGACGUGGCUCUGGCCAAGAAGGAGAAGGCUCUUGGUCUGGAGCGUUGUGAGGCGGUGCUCUACCCGACCCCGUCCUUGGCACCCGUGCCUGUGCCCCAGCUGGACAAUCGCACCUCGCGGGCACUGUGGGCUGGCAUAAAGCCCCUGGAGGGUAACCACUACACUGUCGACCACUGCCAGCCCAUGGAGCAAAAGCCUGUACGCCUCGACCUGCUGCCUCCCCACGACAAUACCUAUGACUACGCCGACUACAGCAGCGUCAGCUAUGCCAGCGCCGGCUACACUACUCUUACACCUCGCUUGGACCCACACAGCCCACGCCCCGCCCCUGCCGCCAGCUUCGAGAACGUAGGUUACGUUCCCGGGGACGAGGCGGCCGAGGUGGAACGCAUUGCUCCUGAUGGAUGUGUAGUGACGGCUCCACGAGCCGCCCGUCUGCUGGGUUCACCACGACCCUCCCAGGGCGGCGUCCCAGAUCACCACCACUACGAGAUGGUGACGCCCUCCCCCCGCCGCCACAGGUCUUUGGAGCGAGGGGGUGGUGGCCGCCAGCCGCCCAUCAUCAGCGGCCCUACUAACCUAGGACCCGGCCGUCUGCCACCCCUCAACGGCCGCCCGUCCCCACGCUACAACCUCACAGCCCUGGCAACAGGAGCCCACACCCUCACGCCCAAGGUUGAGAACUGUUCUCGGGCAGAGAGACGCCACGCCCACGUGUCACUGGACCGCUCAGGGACCACCAACACCACCCUGGCUCCUGCCUCCCCGACAGACCAUAUCUAUGCUUCUCCCAUUACCUCUCCUGUCAUCUGAAACGGUGGGGUGCCUCUAGUGCACCCCCUUGGCCACCCUUUAGGCCCACCCCCAUGCCACACUGGCCGCUGGGCCACUCUUGUUAUUGCUAGUCGUCUGAGGUAAACUUGGCAGCUGAGACGCGUCCAUGACCCCAGAGUCUCCAAGACGGUGACAGGAUCUCCCCAAGAUUCCUCUAGUGUUGUCACCAAGACGAUUUUGGAGAGUAAACUGUUUGAAGAGUCAGAAUCACCAAGGUGGUUCAGAAGACUCAGAGACUCACCAAGAUACUUCUGGAGGCUCAGAGAUUCUUGAAGAUGGUUUUGAAGAGUCACCAAGAUGGUGCCGCUGGACCACCAAGUUCCCGUACAAGUCUGGAGCUUUGCCGGCAGCCUGAACCAGGAACCAAAGGGGCUGCUGAUUAUAUGAACUGGUACAGAAGCUCAGGUUACAGGUAGGUGGGGCACACCUGUUAUAGUUGCCAAAACCGAGAACAAGUUUCUCGUGGAGGUACAGAAUACAGAUAGCCCACGUCAUAGUCCCCCCUGGCUGUACCCGGUGUGCUUGUGCUGUAUUAUGGCCUCACUCUCUCCGACCUAAGCCAGAAAAUCUAAGGACCUCGACCCAGCUUAAGAUAUUCUGAUUAAUUUUGAGGUUCACAUCGUAUAACCUCAGAUCUAUACCAGGGACCAGAUUCUCAGAGAUUAAGGCAUUAAAUUUUCCCCUCAACACAACUAUGAGAACACACCCAGUUACCGAUCAGUAGAUAGCCAGUGCAGUUUUGAUGCUGUUUUAGUUAUCAGCUUUUUUACGGUCUCAUAAAUUAGUCAGUUGGAUGUUUUCUCACCUAAGUUAAGGGGAAUGCUAAACUAUGAUCUUUAAGAAUCCGGGACUUGGUUUCACCUACAAUCACACUGUCUGGUCCUGGGAACUAGACCUAACUUUAGGACCUGGGGUUCUAUAUCCUUGGAUUUCCGGGGACAAGCUCCUUGGCACACAACAGUCCAAGUCGUAAACCAUAGUUUGAGGCACAGCUGAGUGUGCAGGUCCUCCCGGCAGCUGCUGAACCAGAAGGCGAGAGCUGGGAGUAAACCUUCACACACACAUCGAGUCACGCCAGACCUUUCAAUGUGUCGUCUGAUGUUUCGUAUUUAGAGGACGCAUUGUAUUCAUGAUACCAAAGUGUAGUUUUAAGGACCAGUUAAGUCUCUCAUACACAAAAAUGUCAUUAUUCUUCGUCCGACCGACUCCUCCAUCGGGCCCAGAUAAUUAAUGCACUAUAGCUUCUCAUUAUCUAUCACCCCUAAUUAUUGUCAUUAUAGAUAUUUCCUCAUUCAUAAAUGUUUAUUAUUCCUAUGUUGACCAAACUCAACACAAGAAGAGAACUUUUUGUAAUAGUCGAUCUCAUUAUAGUCUUCACAAUAUUCUGUCCAGAGUCAACCUGUGUAUGGGUUGACGCAUUUGUGUACUGUAGUUAUAAGACACACACACACACACACACACACACACACACACACACACACACGUAUGAUGCGUCUGUGUCAUAUGUACUGAGUCCCUCCUGAACACUUUACUGACGACAAGUUUUGUAAUGUUUGAGGAGACAAAAUAAGAGUCGCUUACUUGUGAUUCACUGAUCAUGGUGCCAUAUUUCUCAUCCUCCUUCCCUCCCCCCCUGCUUCCCUCUCCACCUCCCUGGCUCCCUCCUCUCCCUGCCUUCCUCUCCCCCUUUCCCCUUCCUCCCUCCCUCCCAUUCUCCCUCCCUCUCUCUCUCUCCCCUUCUCCCUGUUUCCCUGCCUCCAUCUCCCCCUGCCACCAUCUCCCCCCUCCUCCCUCUUCCCCUGGUCCCCAUCGCUUCCGUCUCCAUGGUAAGGACAGAGGAGGAUCUUCACACAACCCAAGUCUGAGAACUGUGCUUGUAUAUCUUCUAAGUCGUUAGUGUUAGGCCAGUGCAUGAUGAAACAUAGAACGUACGAGCGCUUUUCUUUUGUUUUUCUCAGUUUUGUUUCCAUUCCAUAUUAUCAUCAUAUUUAUUGCUGUGUGUAUAUGUAUCAAAGCUUUAUCUGUAUGUACAUAAGAUUAUUUGCUUCUUUUCUUUCAUUACUGUAUAAAAAAAUAAUGUGCAAUUUUAUCUUAAAUAGAUGUUCAAACCUUAAA